AAGCUUAUGAAGAGUAAAUAAUUCCAACCAGCAACAACUACCUUCAUUGAAACUGUCAGUACUCAGCAACCAGCACUAAACACACAAUGUUUCAAGAAUUUAUUCACAUGUUAGCCCCAUAACACAAACAAUCAAAACAAGAACUUCUUUCAGUUCUCAGAGUCUUUCUUUUACAAAUGGUUCUUCACAUUUGAGUCCAAUAACAUAAUCUCCAAACGAUCCUGCAAUCUCUCCAGCAUACAUUUUAACAAUGUCACCACCACCAAUUAACACAGUUGUGAAGGCCGUUGCUGCCACAGCUGCAGCUACCCUAGUUGUUGCUGGGAUUAUCUUUUUCUUCUAUAAAAAACUAUUAAUUUCUCGCUGCCAAAAGAAAAACAAAGUGAACAAAAGCUUUCGUCGAGAAGAAGUUGUAGUGACUCAUGAAGAGGUAAUGAAACUUGGAGGAAAUGUGAAAGGAUUGAUUGUUGAUGAAAAUGGGAUGGAUGUUCUUUAUUUGAGGAAACUAGAAGGUGGAGAACUUAAACAUUCUUUUCCAAAGGUUAUGUUUAAUCCCAGUUAUGAAGAUGAAGAAGAAAAGAAGAUGGAUGUCACACUUGAGAGACCAAGAAAAUCUAAGCCCCAGGAAGUUCCAUUGCGAUGUGAGCAUUCUGGUGCAAAUCAUCUUAAAAAAGUGAAACCAACAUUCCAAGUCCCAAAUCCAUUGCCACUAAGGCCAACUCUGCCACUAGUAUCUCAGCCACCAUCUCCAUCAAUGAUUUUGGAGAAGCAAGUUGAAGCACCACCACCACCUCCAGCAAAAGAGAUUCCAGUUCCUCCUCCUCCUCCUCCUCCUCCACCACCACCAUUUAUUCCUGCUAAGAUAAGUCCAGCACCACCACCGCCACCUCCUAAGGCAGGGAGCCUGGUGUCAUCAUUAAAACCUCCACCAGCACCAAGAACAAAAUCAAACAACAAGAGCAGGGAAGAGGUUUCAAUGGGGGAGAGCUUGAAAGGGACUGGUGCUGGCCAAAUGAAGCUGAAGCCACUGCACUGGGAUAAAGUUGUAGCUACUGCUGAUCAUUCAAUGGUCUGGGAUGAGAUUGUAGAUGGAUCUUUCCGGUUCGAUGAUGAUCUUAUGGAGACUCUCUUUGGAUGUGCUAAUACCAACAUCAAAUCCCAUGAAAAAGACAACAUCCUGUCAACUUCAAGCAAGUUCAACACUGCCCCACCAGCUCAAAUUUUUAUCUUGGAACCACGAAAAUCACAGAACAUAGCAAUUGUCCUAAAAUCUCUUAUAAUCUCUCGCAAGGAAAUUCUGGAUGCCCUCUUUGAAGGCCAGGGACUCGGUACUGAUACCCUCGAGAAGCUUACCAAAAUGGCCCCAACCCAAGAGGAAGAGGCUAAAAUCCUCCAAUUCAAUGGCAACCCAACUAAACUUGCAGAUGCUGAAUCUUUCCUCUACCACAUAUUGAAAGCUGUUCCCUCAGCAUUCACUCGUUUCAAUGCAAUGCUUUUCAGAACAAACUAUGAUCCUGAUCUCCUUCACCUUAAGGAGUCCUUGCAAGCACUAGAAUUAGGGUGCAAGGAGCUAAAAUCCCGUGGGCUUUUCUUAAAACUUCUUGAGGCCAUUCUCAAGGCUGGCAAUCGUAUGAAUGCUGGAACUGCCAGAGGCAAUGCGCAAGGUUUCAACCUUACUGCUCUUCAGAAGCUCUCUGAUGUGAAAAGCACAGAUGGAAAGACUACUCUACUUCACUUUGUUGUGGAACAAGUAGCUCGAUCAGAGGGUAGACAUCAUCUGAUCAGUCAGAACCACAGCCUUGGCAGAAGGAUUGGCCAAAGUAUAAGCACAGAAAACUCGGAUAGCCUUACAGCAGAAGAGAAAGACAAAGAGUAUCUAAUGCUUGGUUUACCAGUGUUGGAAGGCCUUAAUACUGAAUUAUCUAAUGUAAAGAAAGCAGCCAACAUAGAAUAUGACAAUUUUAACAAUAUGUGCUCCACUCUUUGCGUCCGUGUCACAGAAAUUCGGCAGCUUAUGAGACACUGUGGCAAUGAUGAAAGAGGUGGGUUCAUGAGGGAAAUGAAAGGAUUUCUGGAGGAAAGUGAAGAGGAACUUAAGGUGGUGAGAGAGGAGCAAGCAAGAGUUAUGGAGCUUGUUAAAAGAACAACUCAAUACUACCAAGCAGGAGCUCCCAAAGACAAAGGGGCACCCCCACUUCAACUGUUUCUUAUAGUCAAGGACUUCCUUGACAUGGUUGGUCAAGUUUGUUUAGACAUUUCUCGAAAGCUACAGAAGAAGAAUGUUACACCACCUCUGGGAUCAUCGCCACCACUUUCACCAUCAAUGAAAACUCUAGCGAGCUUCACAAACUUCCACUCACAUUUCAUGUCAGAUAUGUCUAGCACAUCUGAAUCUGACGAUGACUUCUGAGGAGGAUUAACUAAGACUAUGCAGAAAUUUGAUUAUGGAAAAACACAACUGGAUGAAACUUUGAUAUGGAGUCAGCUGCCACAUGAAAAGUAGACUGUAGAACUAAAUCUGUCAUGUCACUUGCCUGACCAUUAGUCCAUUGGGCACAAGCAAAAAUUUCAUUAUCUCAUAUUAGUAGAACUUUUUUUUUUC